UAACGAAGAUGAUUCAUUGGAAGGAGAGGUUUACCAAGUGUAAAAUGGAGGCUACUAUCAAGUAUGUUGUGGAGGGAGAUCCGGAGCGGUAUGUCGUGCAGUGUGCCGAUGCUUGUCAGGGGGUCGGCAAGUGUGGAAACCCCAGCCUCGACCAAGUGAAGCUUGCUAUUGCUGAUUUGGAAUCACAUCCUCAACUUGAAGUGCACAUGACAACUUGUAUUACUGGAACAGUGCAGUUCCUGGCCUUGCUCACAAAAAAGUUAACUCACAGAGCACGUAGCGGUGAAUUUGAUACAUUGGUCAUCACAGAUCUCAUAGAGGAGAACCAGACCGAGGUAGAAAAUAAUCAUUUUGUCAACCCACCAGUCAAUCAAGUUGAAAAAGACGGGAAUCAAAUAACACUGUCUUCAAGUAAAGAGCAGUCGUGUUUGGAAAGCAGUUGGCUGGAUAAUGAUAAACUUGGUGCUUUUCAACAAGCCAGUAGUCUUCUCUCAGAUAACUCAGUCUUGCAUGGAAAUAAGAAUGUGCAAACAUUGGAGUUUGUUUUGGAAAAAGUUGGAAACACACAUAAAUGUUCGUCGUUGGUGAAUGUUUGUGUUGAUGGUGGCGUGCAACCAAAACAGUUGACCGACACCUCGAAUGUUGAACUAGACCAUGAAAGUAUUAACUGUAAUUAUAUUAUGUUGCAAAACCAGAGUACAAACAAUAAUCGUUUAGUGUCUUGUAAAGGUUUACACACUACAAGCAAGUCAACUGUAGAAAACUCUACUAAUAAAAAAUAUAAACUCAGUUUUGUGAGUAAGCCAGAAUAUAUAAAGAAUAUGUCGCCAACAUAUCCCACAAGGUAUAACGUGAGAGCACAUCUGAUGAAAAGUGAACAAUCUUCACCAAUGACCUAUAAAAGAAAUCGUUCAUCUUGCUGUGACUGUUUGAGUUACUUAAAACAUAAGAACUCUUCCAGACCCGACGGGAGUGAGAGAGAAUCAUACUGUGACACUACAUCAUCUGGAAUUGAUGCCAACAGUUGCAUAAAUUGUGCACCUGAGAGUAAACAGGCACUGCGGAAACAUCCCCAGUCGGAGCAUUUGGACUGCAGCCCACAGACAAGCUGUGGAAGUUCAAAGAUUCAUGGGAAAAUUGUGAGCACCUCCAAUAAAGAAGAGAUAUCUCUAUCUGUAAAGCUCAUCAGAGAUGCUGAAAAUAGCAGCGUGCAUGAGAAACACUGUGCGGAAUGUGGAGGUAAAUGUGUAGGUUGUAAACAUGCUACUGGUGUGGAACUGAACAACACUGCAGCACAGAUAAACAGGUGGUUUUCUCAAACAUCAGAUGUUCGUGUGCUGCAUGAAAAUAGAAAGUCUCAGUUUGAAGCAUUUGUGAAUGAAAGUUGUCAGGCUUCAAGACAGUUUGCAGCUAUGAACUGUCAGUCAGUUGUGGGCUGUGGGCAAAAUGAACAUGGCUAUGACUGUGAGAGGAGUAAGAUGGGAAAGUCCAGCCUAACUUCAUUAUAUAGAGAGGAGCAAUGCAACUCAUCUUGGAACGAUCCUAUGAGAUGUGAUGGGACACCUUGUAAGACCUUAGCACCUGUGUAUAUCUCUCAUCACUACAGCAGUAACCGUCUUCCAGAUCUCUCUUCCAAACUGCCGGACAAACACAGCCACAAUAAUAGUUCCAAAACAUCCAAUUGGAUUAUAAACUCCAAUUUUCCCUCAAAGGAAGGAAAUUCUGAUGAUAAUGAAACCUGUGGAGAAUGGAGAAAAAGACUGAACAUGUCUGUCGAAGAGGAAAAGAUUCAGCAAGUUUUAUUGGUCCUUCCACAAGCGGAUCCCAACACAGUGGCAGCCAUGUUGAAACACAACGAUGUAGAACAGACAGUUAUUGCAUAACUUGACUCUCCAACCACAUAAAUACUACUGGCCUCAAACAUUUAGGUUAUAAAGAAAUGAAAGUAUUUAUUUCUGUAAAUUAAUAAAAUAUUUGUGUUAAUAAUGGUUUGAGCAUUGAUGCAUCUUUAUCAGCUGUUCUGUUAAUGUUGAAAAGUAAAUGUUUUAUAAUGGUGCUCUAAAGACAAUUGGUGAUGUCCUAGUGUAAUAAUAAACAACAUGUUUUAUAAUGGUGCUCUAAAGACAAUUGGUGAUGUCCUAGUGUAAUAAUAAACAACAUGUAUUAGACUGCAUUGGCUUUUCUGCUUGUCAAUUUAUUAUUUAAAAAAAUUAUAAAAACCCAAACCAAUUAAGUGACUGGAUCAUGAACGUUUUUUAUUAAUCAUCUGCCAGUAAUAUUCAGUGAAACCAGUCUAACGUGGAAACUUGUCAAAACUGGCCGAGUUUCUUGGUCCUGAAUUUUCUAAAUUCUAAAACACGGCCCUCUAAAUACUGGAUCGUGUCUAAUUUGAAUAAAUAUUAGGUCCCAGGCCUGAUUUGGUUUAGACUGGAUUCACUAUAUAUACUUUUAUUUAACACUUUAAUAUUAUUGAAUAACAUUCAUGUACCUGUACAAGUUAGGGUUUUUAUAUGGCUUACCAAUAAUAAAAAUAUAGUUGUAGUGUUGCUUUGUCAUGACAACUUUCCCAAUGUUUUAUUUUUAUAUCGCCUAGUACAGCUCGGUCCCAUUUACAACAAUAUACCAAACAUUGAAAUUCACAGAAGCCAUAACCUUGAAAAAUGCAAUGUAUACAUUAAAGCAUUUAUUUCUUUUCUUGUAAAUAUUAAAAAAACCCAAACAUCCAUAGUAUCUUAUUUUAUUUCUUUUUGAAAACAUGGUGAUGGAUAGGUGAGGGUAAAACCUCUUUAAACAGAAAUUCUCACAAUCCCGUGAUUUACACAUCUUUUAACAAAAUUUAACUCUCAACCAAAAACCUUUGUAAACUGAACACCAGACAAAUAAUUCAAUCCUGAAGUGAAAAUUAUAUCUUCGAUUGUUAUUAAUCAUCAGCAACUUGCUCCAUAUAGCACUUGGGUCAGAUUACCAGACUGCGAACUCGGUGCAGUGUGCACCUGCUUGGAUUAGCCGUAGUGUCAUCACUGUUAUGUGUGGCUGGGGAGGGCUGGUAAUUAAAGAUCUCACUACGUAUUCAUAGACAUUGUUUGCUACCUACAAAAUCAAGGCCAAUUGAAGAUCACUCCUGAAAUGGUGCUAGGCGAGCAAUCGCAUGAAGUUUCAUAUAAAAUGUAUUAAAUAUUUUAUUGCAAGUGUUAAGAGGAGUGAUCACUCACUUUUCCUGGCCAACACUAACUUUCUUGUUGAGAUGGGCUGAUUUGAAUUUGUGUUAGAUGUUUUCAUUGUUACAAAUGUGAUUUAAAUGCUAUUUACAAACAUGUCUCGUGUAUUGCUUCAUAGACUGACAAAACUAAUUAUUUUAAUACAUUGUUUUGCUAAUG